AUGGCUCUCCUUCCCGUUCGCAAACUCCUUCCUAGCCUGUUUUCCCUCCCUCAACUCUUCGUCUUCGUCGUCUCGCUUCGUCUCUCGUCGGGUGAGUCCCUCGAGGUCGCGUUCGCGUUCGUCCGAACGAAACUUCCCGGCCGCACGUCUUCGGCAGAAGAAUCUGGAAGGAGCCGAGCUCGAAGGGAGCCGCGUCCGACGGAUCCCGUCUUCGAAGGAGGCCCGGCGUCCGACGAGAACCGCAUGCGAAGGGAUCCGAGUUCGAAGGGACCCACGUUUUUGAAGGGAAGCCGGGACGGGGCGUGGAUCCCCUGCGAUUGGGCGCACGCGAGGGAACCAUCUCAUCCCAUCUUCCGUCAUACACCCAUCCUCCCGUACACCCCUCAUCCACCCCUCAUCCACCCCGUAUCAUGUGCAGAACUUCCCCCUCGUGUGCAUCGUAACAUCCUCACGGAGCAGGAACAUCCUCACGGGGCAGGCACAUCCUUCACUCGAUUCUCCCAGAACAGCAGCACGUGCCACUUGACACCAAAGAGACACGGGGUCGGUCAGAAUUACGACAGUCUUAAUCGACGAACGAUCCCGCAUAAAAACGGGUCCCGAUCGCGCCAUGCGGCGACCCCGAUCGCGCCCCCCCUCAAACCGCCACAUCGCGCCUCACCCCCAGGUCGCGAUCCGGAAUUCGGCGGACCCGUCUCGAACGUGACCGUGAUCAAAGGCCGCGACGCCGUGCUCGGCUGCCGCGUGGACGACCUCCGAGGCUUCAAGGUCGCCUGGGUGAAGGUCGACACCCAGACCAUCCUCACCAUCCACCAUCAUGUCAUCAGCCGCAACGCCCGGUUGGCCCUGGAGCACGAUGAUCUCGUCGGGAGGAAAUGGGAUCUGCGAAUCUCAGAUGCCCAGGAGGAGGACCGGGGCUGGUACCUGUGCCAGGUGAACACAUCCCCGAUGAAGUCCCAGAAGGGCUACCUACAAGUGGUGGUCCCACCCGAGAUCCUCGACGAAGGAAGCACGGGCGGCGACGUGAUCGAGAAGGAGGGCGAAGACGUCCUCUUCCGCUGCCAGGCGAAGGGCUACCCCCACCCGUACAUCACGUGGCGGCGGGAGGACGAAAAACCCUUCAAACUCGCGGACGCGCUCGUGACCGUCAUGAACGGGCCGGAGCUCCGGCUGAAGAAAAUCAACCGGCUGCACAUGGGGGCUUACCUCUGCAUCGCCUCCAACGGCGUCCCGCCGUCUCAGUCCAAGAGGUUUAAUCUCAAGGUUCAGUUCCCGCCGAUGCUCUGGGUCCCGAGCCAAUUGGAAGGGGCCUACGUGGGCCAGGCUUCCGUCGUCCUACGAUGCCACACCGAGGCUUUCCCCGAAUCCAUUAAUUACUGGCUCGACGAAUUCGACCAAAUGAUUCGACCUGGUGAAAAAUACGACAUGACAACGAAUCGGACGGGCUCCCACGUGACCAUGACCUUAACGGUCAAGGACAUCACUCUCCGCGAUCUGAAAGGCUACCAGUGCAUCGCCAAGAACUCCCUCGGACAGACCGUCGGUUCCAUCCGACUCGAGGAGGUGGAGCGGCCGAUUCAGGAGGCGGAGACCGAGUCCAUCGUUCCACCCCCUCAAGGUCAAAAUCAUCAAGGUCAAAAUCACCAAGGUCAGUCCCUUCAA